AUUGUAGUUGUAGUUAGGAAUGAGCCAUGUCCGCCAUUUACCUGCAUAACUAGAAGCUUGAUCAACAAACCUAUUCCACAAUCGACCAGUGGAAGAAUCUGUUCGCCAUUUGGUGUCCGUGCCCUUGCUUGUGUUUGUGCAUCUUUUUUGUUGUGUUUAUGCUCUCGUUUUUGACUUUGGGAGUUUAACUAUGGAAUUAAAAGUGGACACUGUUAACCUCUUCGACCUAGGCAAAAUUUGCAGGGCCUGUUUGACCGAAAAAGGGGAAAUGCGAUCACUUUUCAUGCAAGAUGAUUCUACAGGACAGCCGUUGAUCUUGGCAGAAAUGAUCAUGGAGUGUACCUCCCUACAGAUUAAAGAUGACGAUGGGUUGCCAAAUUCUAUCUGCUUACAAUGUUCCCAUGAAGUAUCGAGGUCAUAUUCCUUUAAACAACUCUUUGAACAAAGCGAUAUCAAUCUCAGGACAUAUCUGGGUAAACCACUAGAGACGAAUCCGAAACAUUUUAAGGAGGAGAUAACAACACACCAAACAGAUUUUACGAGUAGUUUUUUGGACAGCCUGGGACUUGAAUCGUCUUCCGAUAGUAGCGACGAGGAUGAUUUCAAAGAUGAGCUGCUUGCUCUGCAAGAUACCCUGUCAGAUAAUCCACAAGACGAGAAGGUAAUUGCCCAAAAGCAACUGCUGAAGUCUGCCAAGUUUCACAAAAGUCGACAGGCUAGGAGGAAAAUGUUGGCUAAAGGAGGAAAAGUUGCAGUGUUAGCCGCCAAACGAAUGAAGCGCAACUCAAACCAAUGCAACGUCUGUAAGAAGCAAUUCAUCAAUUUAAAAUCGUUCAGAAAACAUCUAAGAACACAUAUAGAAGACCGUCCUUUCAAGUGCAAAAUAUGUUCUAGGGGAUUUACCGAAGAAAAUUACUUGAACAAUCACAUGCGCACUCACGUACCGGACGAGCAAAAGCCUCACGAAUGCGAGAUAUGUAAAAAACGGUUCAUACACAGUACUCUGCUUUCCAAACAUAUGUUAAAACACAGCGGAGAGAAACCGUUCGUUUGUAAAAUUUGCAACAAAGGAUGUUACGCCGAAAACAGUCUUCUAAAGCACAUGAAAAUACACGAGAAAAAAGAAGGGGAUCCGGGAUUACUGAAACAUAUUUGUGAUUAUUGUAAAGUCGAGUUCCCUGAUAAUCAAAGUCUUUCCAUUCAUAUUAAACAGCAUACUGGGGAUAGACCGUUCGUUUGCAAUAUUUGUGGGAAGUGUUUUCCACAAAGGUUUAACUUGGAGUUGCACGCAAGAACGCAUACUGGUGAACGACCAUUUCAAUGUGAAAUUUGCAAAAACGGUUACGUAUCUAAGGCUAGUCUUAAAAUUCACAUGAGGACUCAUACCAACGAACGCCCGUUUGCAUGUGAUUUUUGUGGAAAAGCUUUUAGACAGUCUGGAGAUCUAACAAGCCACAAAAGGCUACACGGAACAGAAAAGCCUAUAGAAUGUUCAGUGUGUCAAAAGAGGUUUACAACCGUAAUGAAGUUGAAAUACCACAUGAGAAACCAUACAGGAGAACGUCCAUACGUAUGCAGUGUAUGUGGUCGAGGUUUUACAGUGAACACCAUCCUGCUACGUCACAUGCGUGUCCAUUCCGGCGAACGUCCAUACGUAUGCGUGACAUGCGGGAAAGCAUUUUCACAAUCCAGUACGCUUAACACGCACAUGAAAGUACACGCUUCUUCCAAUACGAACAAUCAAGAAAGAACGUCAAAGUAUACUACCAUUGACGACCAGAAAUAUACCGCGCAACAUCAGCAGCAACAAGAUCCUAAUAGAUUGAUACAGCAGGAUACUCGGAUGUUGGUGCAAACUCAGCAACUCAGUGAUGGUACGAGAAUUCUUACGGAAACAUCACAGCUUCUUGGCGAUCAUCGAGGAUUGAUUAAUGAUACCAGAUUGAUCACCAAUGAAGGAACGAGACUUUUAGUCAACGUUUCAGAACCCACUUCUCUGAGACUGUUGGUAAACGAUAACACUCGAUUGAUUACCAACGACAACAGACUGAUAACGCAAGAUAACAGACUCAUUACUAAUGUUAACGUCAACGAUAAUAGACAUUUAUCCGUUCUGGAUGGUUCUAGGAUAAUCACAGCCGAUAAAUAUCUGACGACAUAUGAUCCCUACCAGAGAGGCCAUCUAUAAGGAUCUAGCGGGAAGAUUCAAGGCGAUAAAUUUAGUUAGUAUGAGGUCUAACAACUGUUUUUAGUUGCAAUUUUUGCACAUUACCUAUUAGACAAGGCGAAAACGGCGGCUUCGUUGGAAAAAAUAUUCCCAUCAGAUUUUUUGGCAUAAUCACAUUCGUGAGACACCCCAGAAUAAGGUUCAGGUACUAGUACACUUUAGAAGACCAAAAAUAAUAUUUUUUUUUCUCAGAACCUUUAUUAAAAAUGAACAUAAAACUUUUUACGGGCGAUACGAAUCUGGUCACAUCAGUCAGGUAAUGAGGAUUUUGAUGUACGAAACUGGUCACACUGGCCAAAAAAGAGGGCUACGAAUCUGGGCCCUGAUUCUAAUUCAUUUCGACAGUCGCAAUUUCAUUUCGACACCGCCAUGACAGCCGGAGAGUAUAGCGAUUCUUGGGGAUAUUAACCUUAUCAUGUUGAGACUGCUCAGAAUUUGGGUUGGCGCUUCGGUUUCUUGGAUUUUGUUGAUAGUCUGGGAAAAUUAUCGAAAAAAUACCAUUUUUGGGAAAAAUUAUUUACCAGCUAUUUUAUUGCUAAAAUCGAAUCUUAAGAUUGCAUAUAUUAGUAAUAUGGGGUAUGACAAGUCCGCAGAAAGUGUGUUAUUUUAUUUAUAAACAAAUUAGCACUCCUAAAUCUUCUUUUUUUUUCAAUUAGUGGUCUGUAACUCCUAUAAUUUUUCCUUUGAGCCAAAAACACUCAAAUAAAAAUUCACCGUAAUUUAGUUCUGCACAAAGUUAUUUUUUUUCCGAUUUCCUUCAACAAAAAUUUUACUCAGAAAAUCCGAGUUUUCCCAAAAAAUCUGCCAUUUUCAAUUAAAAUUUAGGGAAGUACCUAAUUAUUUAUCAAUAAUUAAAUAAUUGAAGACAUGAAAAAUUUAUUAUAGUAGAUUAUACAGAGGGGCUAAAUUAUGGAAUAAAUUCAUUUCUUUAAAACGGACGAUUUUGGAGCAAAAUCCCGAAAGAGGUCGAUUUUUAUUUUUAAAUUACAAUUUUUUGGCAUAUAUUUCAUACUAGUGACGUCAUCCAUCUGAGCGUGAUGACGUAAUCGAUAAUUUUGUUAAUGGGAAUAGGGGUCGUGUGGUAGGUCAUUUGAAAGGGCGUUUAAUUCUCUAUUCAGUAAUAUAAACAUUAAUAUCAUU